GAGCCGUGAAGGAGCAGCAGCAGCAGCAGCAGCUCCGUUUGCUUCGAGCAGUUUUCGUGCCGUCGAAUGAAAACAAUCGUCGACGUUCGUUCGAGCGCCGCCACCGUCGUGCAUCUUGAGACGUUAAAGCGCGUCGCACCGUCGCUACUCGCCGUCGUGCAUAUCCUCGUGAGCGCGUAGUCGCGAUAACCGUACGUCGUCGUCGCGGUACCCGUCGCGACGGUUAACCUUAAAGGAAGCGGCGGGUGCGGUAGUAGUGGGCCCCUCCGAGGCAGGCCAAGUAAACCCGUCGUCGGUGCGCCCGUCAAGGGUGAUCACGGCGGAGAGGUGUGACAAGGGAAGUGCAUAGUCAUCGAUGUGAGAGCUGAGGACGACGAGAAAGAGCCGCUGGCGUAGAGGGAGCGAGAGAGAGAGAGAGAGAGAGAGACAGCGGAGAGGUAGAAACAUCAGGCCGACGAUCGAAGCUCCGUCAGGGAGCACCAGGGGUGGCAACGGUCUCGUCGGAGAGUGUCGAAGCUGGCGCGUGGGACGGCGGAGUCAACGGUGGUCUGGCUCUGGUUCCGGUGGUAGCGGCGGAAGCGGAAGCCGCGGCAGUAGCGAUAGCAGGAGGAGGCGACGAGGAAGUGGGGCCGGGAGAGGCUGGUGGAAGCCGCGACUUCGGUAGGAAGAGACGCGAUCUUCAUCCUCAUCUUUAUCCUCUUCUACCUCUUUUUCGUUCCGUUCCACCCUUGCACGGGGGUGGUAAACUCCGUCGGCCACCGGAAGUACUGUCGACGGCGUGACAUCAGUCCUGCGAUCAACUUCCUCGCGCAAGAAGGCGUCGUAGAUAAGAACCACCCAUCCGUCAUCAUCGUAGAAAUUACAUUCUGAGCCCUCCCGACGAGAGGAGACAGCGCCCUGUCAUCCUCCCCUUCUGCCGUCGCGCGCGACACACCAGUACCUCGGCUCCACUAACGGGUGCUCGUAAGCCUCGCGCGUCAUCAGCCAGACACCAUGAACGAGCUUGACAGCCUUCGUCAGGAGUCGGAGACGCUGAAGAAUGCCAUUCGGGAUGCUAGGAAAGCAGCAUGCGACACGACCUUGGUCCAGGCCACGUCGGGCAUGGAACCUAUCGGUCGCAUACAAAUGCGUACGAGACGUACGCUUCGCGGUCACUUAGCUAAGAUUUAUGCGAUGCACUGGGGAAGUGACUCCAGGAAUCUAGUCUCCGCAUCGCAAGAUGGCAAACUGAUUGUCUGGGACAGUUAUACCACCAAUAAGGUUCACGCGAUCCCAUUACGGUCGUCAUGGGUAAUGACUUGUGCGUACGCGCCCUCGGGUAGUUACGUAGCGUGCGGUGGGCUGGACAAUAUUUGUUCCAUCUAUAGCCUUAAAACUAGGGAAGGUAAUGUGCGGGUGAGCAGGGAACUGCCAGGUCACACCGGCUACUUAUCCUGCUGCAGAUUUUACGAUGACAACCAAAUUGUUACGAGCUCCGGUGACAUGUCCUGUGCUCUAUGGGACAUUGAGACUGGACAACAGUGCACAUCUUUCAUCGGGCACACCGGCGAUGUGAUGUCUUUGUCUCUGGCGCCGGACACGCGUACCUUCGUGUCCGGUGCGUGCGAUGCCAGCGCAAAACUGUGGGAUAUUCGCGAGGGAUCCUGCAAGCAGACGUUCCCGGGUCACGAGAGUGACAUAAACGCCGUCACGUUUUUCCCGAACGGAUACGCUUUCGCGACGGGCUCGGACGACGCUACUUGCAGACUCUUCGAUAUUAGGGCGGACCAGGAACUUGCAAUGUACAGUCACGACAAUAUCAUUUGCGGUAUCACCAGUGUAGCUUUCAGCAAAAGCGGUAGAUUAUUGCUGGCGGGCUAUGAUGACUUCAACUGCAAUGUCUGGGAUUCCAUGAAGACGGAGCGAGCUGGAAUCCUUGCUGGACAUGACAAUCGCGUGUCUUGUCUCGGCGUUACAGAAGAUGGUAUGGCGGUAGCGACAGGCUCCUGGGAUUCCUUCCUACGCAUUUGGAACUAACUUGGGGCUCACCCCAGGGCGUUUCCUCACAGAACCAAAUGCAGCCAAUCAGCAUACAGUAUAAAAAUCAAGUACCACCGUCUGACCACCGAGCAAGUCGGCGUGCCAGCAGCUACGACGCUGACCUACAACCCGCCAGGUUCACCGGAGUUGACGCUGAUCAGAAAUUUUGAAUAUCCGAUAAGCAGCAGCAGCGACAGCAGUAGCAACAACAAUAACUACAACCUGAUGAAGACCCACGACAGUGGUGGCAGCAGCGAUUUCAGGAAUGUUUUGGGUUGUGGUGGUAAAAGGGACUCUCGCAGGCGCAUCGUAGUCGACUUGGCCUGGCGACGCGGUAAAGUCGGUGACAAGGACCAUGAGUAUCAACGCUUUUAGAGAGAGAAUUGGCUCAUACGGUCGUAUCACACCAAGAUCACCAUCGGUAAAAGGUCACGGAUACAUUGGCGAAGAGCGAAACGCAAGGAGGAACAAGGCGCCACGAGGCCGACAGUAACAACUCUCUGCAACAUUGGACGCGCACUUUCUUUUUCUUCUCCUCUUUCUCAAGAAUAUUUGGCGAACCUUCGAGGAGCACGUGCUUUUGUAUUUGUUAGUUUCUUUCCCACGGGGAUAUUCUCAGUCAAAGAUCAAAGUCCGAAGGACGGACGACAAUCCUGCACCGUUGACAUCGUCGAGAGAUUUCCACCCAUCAAUCAAGCGUCAAAUCCGAGCGUUCUCACUGCCGAGGAGGCACCCCGUUACAGCCGGACCGGCAGUUGGUUUGCGAGUACCUUUUUCUGCGCGCCCGAGACGAAAUUGUGAACCGGACGGGACGCGUGUAUACGUGACGCGCGGUGAUCGCAUACAGGUGCGUGUUGCGGCACGUCGCCAUCCGAAAACAAAGGAAACUGACAGUUACGGUAGUCUCGCAUGAGAUGCGUUCAAAGUCACACGACGCACAUCGAACGCACACACGUGUAUCGGGUGUUAGUAGAUUCACGACGAAUUUGCGUACACCUGCACACAAAAAGAGGCGAGCAAGUGAACGAUGGAGGGAAGGUGUAAAUCGUCCACCAUGAAGCUCGGGUCACACGCAUCCAAGUCGCACAUACUCGUCACGCGAGUUUUGCUCUCGUGCACGAGCACGAAGCUGCCGAGCGGAGAAAGGAAGCGACGAGAGAAGGAGAGACGACCACUUUUCUUACCAUAAUAAUACGCCGACUUCGCACUUAUUGAUAAUACUAUCGCUACUAUCGCUACUACUACUCUACUACUACUACUACUACUACUACUACUACCACUACCACCACGAUCCCCCUCGAUUAAUUUCGUAGAUGUACCGUUAUUUAUUUUGUAUAGACCUCUGCCAUAGGCCGCCCUGCGUCUGCGUUUUUGCGAGUGCGAGAGGACCGAGCGUGUUGUAGAAGAACGAACGAGAAAUCUGUGAGCGUGAGAACGAGCGAGAGGCGCGGCCCAAUCAAAACGAGACACGAGACGCACGAAUAAACGUGGACGAUAAAUAUACAGGGUGUCCAGUAUGUUUCGUACAUCCGCUCGUGUGUAAAUAGAAGGGAUUAAAUUGAUAGAAAAGUUAGACAGCAUUAUGCAAAAUUCGCAAUAUUUAACGAGGAAUUAAUUAUUCUGUUUGAGCUAAUGAAUACGCGAGAAGCGGUAGGCUGAACAUAUGGAAAAAAAUGAUGUCUUCUACCGACACGCGAUCAUUCACGCGUUUUCCUCCGCGGAAUCUAUAUUUCUCCGCUAUGUCUCAUAGCUUUGGGCAGAGGAACGCGGCGAACAGCGAUUCGCAAGUGUCACCCGCACGAUCGAAGAAAUCUUUCUUUCUAUAUCCAACUUACCGCUUCUCGUGUGUUCAUUAGCUCAGACAGAAUAAUUAAUUCCUUAUUAACUAUUGCAAAUUUUGCAUAAUGAUGUCUAUUUUCUAUCAGUUUUCUAUCUGCACAUGAGUGGAUGUACGAAAUACACCGGAUACCCUGUAUAGAAUCGCUCCUUUGCUAAAUGAUUCCGAAUGGUCCACUGGGUCGAUGGGUUCGUCGAGAGAUUGUCAGGAAGUUGAAGAGUGACGGAUCAGAAAAAUAGAAAGAGGGACAGAAAAAAAGGACGACAAACCUAUAUCGAAUUUGUCGAGUCUGCUACUACACUAUGAGAGUUUGAGAACGCGUGUGUGACGGGCCAG